AUGGCUGAAGACAAUUCUCCAUACAAGGCCGUGGCAACAAAGUGUAGACGCAGCCGCACCAAAUUCACAGAAGAGCAAUUGAAAAUCCUCGUUGACGCAUUCAACAAAAAACCUUACCCGGGUUAUGCCAUCAAACAAAGACUUGCUUUGGAAGUCAACACUGAAGAGUCUAGGAUCCAGAUAUGGUUUCAGAAUCGAAGAGCUAGGCACAGGUUCCUGAAAAGACCUGAGAAGAACUUAGACUUAAGACAAGACCGAGCUUACCCUGAAGAGAACAUUCAAGGUGUGAGAGACAGACGAUGUCGUACCAGCUAUAAUUCUUCCCAAUUACAAACUCUUAUGAAUGCGUUCAUGGAAAACCCUUAUCCUGGGAUUGAUUCCAGACAGCAACUUGCUGAAGAUAUUGGGGUUCCAGAGUCAAGAGUCCAGAUUUGGUUUCAAAACCGAAGAUCUAGACUCCGUAUCCAGAAGAAAAGAGAACCCGAAGAAGGUUCAGCCCAAAGACAAAACCAGGGACAAGAUCUCUGA